AUGUGGAAUUCACAACAUCAGACAACAACAUUAGCCGAUGAAUAUAAUCAUUCAAAUGACAAUGAGCAACAACAACAACAACGUCUGGCUCAUGUUCUUGAAAUCGUACAAGAUUUAAAAGCUUUAUCCAUAUUACUUGCAGUAGAAUCGAUAACAUUUAUUCUUGAUUUAGUUUGUUUAGCAUCAAGACGGGAUUAUUUAAAAUUAGAUAAAUGA